AUGUCUGUUCCAGAGUAUCGGGACCAAGGACCCUUGAAGGUCUCGGAGAGCUUGAGCCUUGAGCGUCUCGCUGGGAAAUCGGUGUUGAUUACUGGAGGUGCGGGUGGACUUGGGAAGGCAUAUGCCACAGCAUUCAUUCAAGCUGGUUCCUAUGUCACUAUUGCCGAUGUGAAUGAGGAGCUUGGGGCAGAGACUGUGGCCGAGUUGGGAGAAAACUCUCAAUUCAUCAAAUGCGAUGUUACCAACUGGGAUGACCAGGUCCGUGUCUUUGAAGCCGCGUCCAAGAAUUCACCACACAAAAGCUGCGACAUUGUCAUCGCAAACGCGGGAAUUGUCGGGCACGAUGAUAUGUUUACCCUCCAAGGCGAGUAUUAG